ACUUAAUUCAUUGGCACUCUUUUUAUUGUAUUAUGUCAAAAUAAGACACCCCCACAGAACUUUACAAGUGGACAAUUCCUACGGCCGCCAUAUGAGAAGACGGGAAAAGGGACGACCGAUCGAGGGGCUUUGCCGAAAAAUUCUGUCAAAAUGAGCGACGAUGAAAGGGAUUUGGACGUGGAUAGCGACGAUGAUGGCGCUGGUGACACGGCAGGCGGUGAGCGGAGCGGCAUGACAGCGGCGGACAAAAGGGCGCACCACAAUGCACUUGAGAGGCAAAGAAGGGACCACAUAAAAAACAGUUUCAGUAGCCUUAGAGAUGCUGUACCCGCUCUGCAGGGAGAAAAGGAUGCUGCAGGGCAGAACGCGGCAAAACAAAAGCAGGCAUCAAGAGCACAGAUACUGAACAAAGCUACAGAUUAUAUCCAGUACAUGCGGCGCAAGAACCAGACGCACCAGCAGGACAUAGACGACUUAAAGAAACAGAAUGCACUUCUGGACCAGCAAGUCCGUGCCUUGGAGAAAGCACGUGCGACAGGCAACCUCUCCAGCGCACUCCUGAACGAUGCUUCCUCCCUGGGGUUGAAAACGAGAUCAGGAUCGGACAGUUCAGACUCCGACGACACCCACACUCACACUCAGGGACAGCGGAAACGGCUCAAAACAGACAACAAGAAAAGCUGAUAGAGUGCCAAGUAUAUGUCCUGAAAUAAUAGAAAACUUCCACCAAGCUAGCAACUUUAGCUUAGUCUCCAGCAUUAGGAAGCAUGUCGCUUGUAUAUCUAGCACUGUAUUGCGUGUAAAUAAGAGGUAAGGUACAUUACGUGUGGCUUGAGCUGUAUGUACUUGACUUGAAGGGUUGGUGACGUGAAAAAGGAAGUGACACAUCCUAGUAUUAUUGCUUAGUUACUUGAUUGCUUGUGUUUAUCAGAAAGUUCUAGGGUUAGGUUUUUGUCAUCAGUAAGAAAAGGUAACAGAUAAUGCACAGUCGGUAUGGUUUUGUCAUGUUACCUUGAUGAUUGCAGCAAAAUCUUUCAAACCAAGCUUUUGCACUUCACGUCUUGAUCACAAACACUGAUUACCAGAAGUGUGUGUUGUGAACUGUCUUUUUUAGGAUAGGAAGAAAUGAUGUUCGCCAUCACUGCUGACUACACUAUCAUGUUGUUAGCAUGUUAAUCUGGGCAAAUUUUUGCAAAGUAGGGGUUAAAGUAUUUUAAGUUAGAAUGAGAUAGCUCCGAAGUAAUUAUUUCAUUAAGACAUUAUGGAUUAUGAGACAUAGGGUACUUUCUUGAAGAGCUAUGUACGUACAAAAAAAUUCCCCAUUGAAAUGACCAAGCCUUCAUGAUGCACCAGCCAUUGUCGUAUGAGGAGAGUUUGCAAAUUGCAAAAGUUCCAAAAUUGUUAUGAAAACACAUUAGUUGAUAGAAACCUCCAUAGACAGUGGCAUGAAAAGGUGCAUCAGUACUUCUUGUGCAGCUAUUGUAUUUCCUGUGUGGGAGUGACACUAUUACAGUGUGUAUUACCCACAUCACCAACUCUGCUUUCCCAAGUCUGCCCACUUUGUGUGAUGACGGGUUAAAACAAUUUGUAAGCUACUUUAAAAGGGGAAAUUUAUGCAUGGAUUUUAUUUUAUGGUAGGGAAAAAAUGAAACUGUAGUCGCAAUGGUUUUAAGUUUGCAGCAAAGAAGGGGGUAGGUGGGCUGCAAAAAAAUUUGCAUGGUUUUUAAGUUAGCGGUGAAGAGGUUACCGUGAACAUUAAAUCAAUGUAGACAUUUCCCCUUUAACAGUAUACAGAAGCCACCAGAGUAACAAGCCAGCAGUCACCUUCUCUACCCAUGCUGCUGGGCUUCAUUGUCAUGUGUGAAUGUAGAUAUACUGGAAAUAUUCUAAUUCAGAGGUGAAAGGGUAGAUGUGACCACAUAGCAUCUGCAUUAUCCUCUUGAUUUUGGGCCACUGAUGAAUGAAUGAAUGAAUGUAAUUGUAUUAAGACAAAUGUACAUGUAGGUAUCUGCUGCAGUGAGGUUUAUUGGUUUGUGGUGAGGUUACAAGAGAGUAGAAUAUCCUUAAGACUCAAAGGGUCCAUCAUAACAAAGGUGGUGUGUAUAUUAGCAAUAAAGCUACCUUUCACCCCGCA